CCAUCACCCAAAUGGCCGAGACCUCACUCGAUCACCAACAGCCUCUCCCCUCCGUCGAUCUCCUCUGCUUCAUCUACAGCUCCGGAACGACUUCACCGAGGCCCAAGUUGAUACCUUACUUCGAUUCCAAGCUUUCAAAAGCGGCUUCCUCUAUAGCUCACCAAGGCGGUGCUGCAAUUGUGAGAAGGUUGUUUCCUCCAAGGCCUUCAGUGGAUAGGAUACUGUUUUUUCUAUAUGGUGAUAAUGUAACAACUACUAAGGGUGGUGCUAAGGUCAUGGCUGCUUCUACAUACCCUUUGCAGGGUGGUGGUGCAAAUUGGUCUCAGUUGAAAUUUAUAGUUAGUCCAAGCCCAAGGGAAGUCUUUCUUGGGUCCAAUGUUGAUCACCAAAUGUACUGCCAUCUGCUUUGUGGCAUUAGCAACUGUGAUGUACUUGAUGCGAUUCGAGCUCCUUAUGCAGUAGGCCUGAUCAAAGCGUUUAGAAUGUUGGAGGGGAAGUGGGAGCAGAUAUGUCGUGAUCUUGAAGAGGGGUUUCCGAGUUUGGAGGUUUCUGAUAGAGCAAUGAGGAAGGCUGUUAUUGAGGUUCUUGGUGGGCCUCAGAAGAAAUUGGCUGAGAGACAACUGAAAAGUUUCCAGCUUGUGCUUGAAAAUGCGAUGACAACUGAGAUUACAGAAUUUGCGAGUUUCUUGGAUAAGGAGUUGAGCCCUAAACAGUUGAGGGUGUUUAUAGAAGCUAGAGAGGAAAGCAGGCUUGGGCAGGAAGAGUUAGUUGUAGCUCUAAGGAGGUGUUAUUCCUCCCUGGAAGAUGGUUUGGGAAGCAUUUACAAGGUUCAGAGGGACAGAGGUGAAGCAGGUCCUUUGAUUUUAUCUGUUGUAAAGCCUGGAAGCUUUGAUAGACUAUCACAAGUGGCCAUCGCCAACGGAGCAUCAGCUGGUCAGUAUAAGCCGCCCAAGAUCAUAAGAAAUCCUGAGAUUGUUCAUUUCCUUGAAGGAUCUACUCUAGUAACCAUAUCUUGAAAGCUCUCGGCAAGAUUUACAUGUAUGAUAUUCUCAUCUUGACCCCAAAUUUAUUCAAAUUCUCCUUGUAGUAAUUGUAUUUACUACAGAAUAAAUCUUUGUAAUAGAAUAUAUAUUUGCAUGUUUUUUUUUUGAGUGAUCAGAUAAUCUGCAACUGCAAGUCUCUGAACUCAUCUACUUCCUGGUUUAUUGU